AUGGCCUCGAGCGACGAACACCUCCACGCCGACGUGCACGACGAGAAGGCGGCCGACGCGGCCAAGGCGACCGCGCGCCACACGGCGCGCGUGCACUCUGUCGUCGAGAACGAGGUGCACCUCGAGCGCAACUUUUCCUUCCUUGCCAGCCUGGGACUGGCGUUCACGCUGCUGAAUAGCUGGACUGGUGGCAAUGUACGUUUUCGCCGGGACAGAGAUCCGGACAUCCGGGGCGUAAGCAACAAGCUCACACGACCGCCGUUGUGCAGGUCUGGCUCCCUCUCGCUCGUGCUCCCCUCUGGCGGCUCCGUGUCCAUGGUCUGGGGCCUGCUCGUGUCCGCCGUCGGCACGAUGCUCAUGUGUGUCUCACUCGCCGAGAUCUGCCACUUCCUCCCUCUCUCCGGCGGGCAGUACGACUGGGCAUACAUCCUCGCGCCCGAGAGUAACCGUAACAGCCUGGCCUUCUUCACCGGCUGGAUGGCGACCGCGGGCUGGGUCGCGCUCGCCGCCACGGCCGCCGCGCUCGGCAGCACCUUCGUGACCGGCAUCAUCUCGCUCUGGCACCCGAGCUACUCGGCGCAGGCGUGGCAGGGGUUCCUGAUCUACAUUGGCAUCCUGCUGCAGUCGUUCGUGCUGAACAUCUUCAGCGUGCGCCUCCUGCCGCACAUUGACAAGUUUGCUGGCCUGUGGAGCAUGGUCGGCAUCGUGACGGUCAUCAUCGUGUGCCUCGUGUGCUCGCGCGGCGACUACCAGCCCGCCAAGGCCGUCUUUGCACAGUGGACAAACGAGACGGGCUGGCCGAACGGCAUGGCCUUCAUCAUGGGCCUGCUGCAGUCUGUGUUUGGGCUCACUGGGUUCGACGCCGCGACGCACAUGAUCGAGGAGAUGCCCGCCCCCAAGAAGAACGCGCCGCAGGUCAUGGUGUCGGCUGUUAUCAUGGGCACGGUCACCUCGUGGCUGUUCAUGAUCGUACUGCUGUUCUGCCUGACGUCGUUUGACGACGUGCUCAACUCGGGCGCGACGACCGGGCCGCUGCUCACAAUCUACUACCAGGCUACGCGCAGCCGCGUCGGCGCGACCUGCCUGAUCAUGUUCAACCUCAUGGCGUUUGUCUUUGUCCAGCAGGUGCUCAUCACGGUCAGCUCGCGCAUGCUGCUCACGCUCGCGCGUGACCGCGGCGUGGGCCAGCUGUCCCGCUUCCUCGCGCCAGUGCACCCGACGCUCAAGGUCCCCGUGUGGUCCAUCAUCUUCUGCACCUUCUGGGUCGUCGUCUUCGGGCUCAUCAACCUCGGCUCGGCGGUCGCGCUCAACGCCAUCCUGUCGAGCUCGGUGGUGCUGCUGCAGAUCUCGUACUUUGUGCCCAUCUUGCUUGCGUGCCUGCGUGGCGAGAAAGCCUUCCAGGGGUACGACCGCGACGCGCGCUGGAACCUCGGCCGCUGGCGCCGCCCGAUCAACGCCCUCGCCCUCGUCUUCCUCGCCGUCACCACCAUCUGCUUCAUGUUCCCGCCCAUCAUCCCCGUCAACUCGGGCAGCGAGAUGAACUGGGUCGUCCUCGUCGUCGGGAUCGUGUUCAUCAUGUGCGGCGUGACGUGGCUCGUUGACGGGCGUAAGCGCUUCCAGGGCCCAAGCGAGCUUGAGGAGCGCCUCGCCGAGUCACUCGCGUCGUAGUAGAGUCAUAGUUGUACA